GAAUAUCGAUUAUUCAUUCAUCUACCUUAAAAAUGAAAGUGUAAUAAUUCAUAAACCGACUCCACAAGUUAGGGAGUAAGCAACCAAUUCAAGUAACAACAUGUCGUCAAGCACGCAGGUGGUUGUUCUAGACAACGGCGGAGGACUAAUAAAAGCCGGUUUCGGCGGCGAACGCGACCCAUCAACCAUACUCCCCAACUGUCUCUAUAAACCCCUCACCUCCAAAAAAUGGCUGCACCCAAACCCUAUCAACACCCCUUCCUCCUCCUCCUCCUCCUCCUCCUCCGAACAAGACCUCACCUCCGCCUCCGUCCGCCGCCCCAUCGAUCGCGGCUACCUAAUCAACCCCGACCUCCAACGCGAUAUCUGGUCCCACCUUUUCACCUCUAUCCUCCGCAUCAACCCUUCUCAAUCCUCUCUCCUCCUCACUCAACCCCUCUUCACUCUCCCUUCCAUUCAACACUCUCUCCACCAACUCGUCUUCGAAGAUUUCAAUUUUUCCUCUCUCUUCGUUGCUGAUUCACCUUCCCUUGUUCAUCUCUACGAAACUAGCCAACGUCCCAAUGGCCUUCUCUCUAAAGCCCAAUGCAGUCUCGUUGUUGAUUCUGGCUUUUCCUUCACACACGCUUCGCCUGUCUUUCAGAACUUUACUCUUAACUACGCUGUUAAGCGUAUCGAUUUAGGUGGUAAAGCCUUGACCAAUUACCUCAAGGAACUUAUUUCCUUUCGUUCUGUUAAUGUCAUGGAUGAAACUUUUAUUAUUGAUGAUGUUAAGGAGAAUCUCUGCUUUGUUUCUGUUGAUGUCGACAAACACCUUAACCUUGCUAGAAAGAGUGGGAAAGACAAUGUUUUCAAGUGUACGUAUGUUCUUCCUGAUGGUGUUACGCACACAAAAGGGUUUGUUAAAUAUCCAGAACAAGCAAGCAGGUAUCUUGCUGAUGGUAAGGACGAUAUCGGUGAUCACGAGGAGAUUUCUAAACAACAACCUCAGGACAAUAGACACAAAGUUGAUUUGACAAAAAAUGAAUUUGAUUUGACGAAUGAGCGGUUUCUUGUCCCCGAGAUGAUCUUCCGUCCAGCUGAUUUGGGAAUGAACCAGGCUGGGCUACCAGAAUGCAUUGUACGAGCAGUUAAUGCCUGUCAUCCGCAUCUCCAUCCUGUACUCUAUGAAAGCAUCAUUUUAACCGGUGGAAGCACCUUGUUUCCUCAUUUUGCCGAGAGAUUAGAGAAGGAGCUUCGGCCUCUAGUUCCUGAUGACUAUCGUGUGAAGAUAGCUACACAAGAAGAUCCCCUACUAGGUGUUUGGCGUGGAGGAUCUCUCCUGGCAUCGAGUCCAGACUUUGAUGCGAUGUGUGUGACCAAGGCUGAGUAUGAGGAGCUUGGUUCUGCUAGAUGUCGCAAGAGAUUUUUUCAUUGACAAUUCAUGCCAUGAAUGUGACCAUGUAAAUCUUGUAUCUAACUCGCACAAAUGGCGCUUAGGAGAGAAGGUAGUGGGUGUUGCCAAUGCAACAAGUGUGCAAAUGGAGUCGUACUAGAUUCUUGGAACAAAGAUGUGAAGUUUGGAUGACAUGAUGCUUCACAGACUGGUAUUUGAAUCUGUGUCUAUGGAUGGUAACUUCCCUUCUGUCUGGGCCGCAAGUAUGGAGUGCUUUUGAAGUACCAACUAAUAUGGUGUUGGAUGAAUUUUAUGUGCGAUAAUAUGCAAUAUGUAAAAUUCAGAAGUUAGCCUUAAAAGCAUUUCGUCGCCAGCUUUUAAAAGUGUGUAAUUCAAUGAAUUUGUGGGGUUGUUGCUGCAAGUAGAAUUCUGUUCUUGUUUUCCCCUGUUAAUUUGAUCAAAUGGUUGGAAUUUGAUUCCUUUAAUCUACUAUUAAAGUUUAAUGAUCAA